AUGCAGCAGAAUAGUCAAACAUCCACUGUCGGCGACACUCAUCCAGUCAGCCAGUGCCGACAUAUAACCUAUAUACAGACGAACUUCAUAGCACAUGUCUUGAAGCUACAAGAAAGUGAAGUCGUCAAUCAACAUGCUCACAGAUGCUAUAUACCAACAUGCCAAGGUAAUGAUAUGGAACAACUUAAGGCAUUCUUUCAAAUGGGAUAUCCGCCAAUAAAAACAUAUCACCCAAUCAACUAUAUAGGGAUAGGGAUACAUAACACACAAACAGUUGAUACAACCACGUGGUACACCGCAUAUGUGCCAAUUAACUCAGAGUCCCUGGGAAACGACAAGUACAAAAUCAGAAGAACAUUCUUACGCAUAAUAGAUACAGGACGACUAUGGCUAGAAAAGGAAUCACUAAACAAUAAAAACGUCGAGGGUGAACUGUCAGACUGCUAUAUUGUAGGAGAAACUAGGGUAAAUGAUACGUCGGCGGAUAUGUCAAACGAUAAAGAUAUACAAAUCACAUUUGUACACUAUCCAAAUAGAAAACGGGAAAAAACAGUGACGGACGAGGGGAAAAGGAAUGUUUUCAGAUUACCUUUGAAAUCGAAAGGAGACAUUGAUAAAAAUAAAUAUAUAUUCGCAACACCCUCAUGUAUGUACGCUACAUUACCAGAAAUGGCAUCAGCUAUCAAUUUUGAUGAACUGCAGGUCAACCUAAGGAUAGUCAUAGAGGUAUUGGUGAAACCAGGAUCCUACACUCAAGCAGCAUCAAGUUUACACAACCUAGAUAAUAACUUCGAUUGCUGCUUCCCUAAUGAAAACAUAGAAUGGUUCAUAGAUAACGUCGAACAUAUCAUUCCUAAAAGGAUACUAUUCCGUAUUCUCAAAAAGGAAACGCCCACUCAGGUAAAUGCGACACCCAGCUCAUCGACACCCGUAGCGGCAUGUGAAGCAAAACCGAAAACAAAUGGAGUGGACCUCAUCACUGUAGCUCCACCAUCGGCAAUCACCUUUGUCACGGACAACAACUUUCAAGCGCUACGCAGUGUAUAUAGCAGCACUGCUAAUGCAGUGGACGCAGUAACCUUUUUGGAAAGAGCCAAUGACACCUCAGAAGCAACAACACCGAAGGCAUACGCUAGUAGAAUGAGAAGUGACACAGAUAAACCAAACAAAACCGAUACAAAUGGAAAUAAUGAAGUAAUUGCGCUAAAGUUGAAGUGGACUGAACAUAACAAUAAGGUGGUAUACUAUCUCAAAAUGCUUGUAGGAUCGAAAUGGCUAGAAUGGGACAGUGAAUUCAAAUUAUGGUGUGUAAAAACCAUAUUUAUAUAUGAAUGCGUUAAAUUCGCAGCAUUCCUAGGAUUAAGGAUUAAUGAUAGGGUGUUAUUUAGACUAUGGUCAUGGCUAAGGUCGAUAGAUAUGCGGGGCAUUGGGGAGGUGUUCUCGAAGGUACACCUACUCGAUUGGUUGAACACUAACAAGAUAUGGUUAUUUCAACGUAUAGAACUGCGCGUAAUUCCGGGGUUCAACCCGGAUAUACACAGAGAUAUAGGAAAAGGAACAACACCAGCAGUACAGGCAGCUGCCAGAGAAGCAGCAGAAACUGUCGAGGUAGCCCUCAUACCAUUCAACAAAGAUAUAGUAGCACGCUUCAAAGAAAGAAAUGCUAGCAAUGCUUUAAAUUCAUCAACGCAAACAUAUGUCUGGAAUAAAAUAUCGGCAUGCUGGCAAACAGCACAACUCAGAAUUGCAUUAGAAGAUCUUAUGACCGUACUACCGAAUAUACGAGAAGCUAACCAAGGUGACACGUAUCUAUCAUCCAGGGGCAUAAAUUUACGGGAUAUCAAACGUGAACAUAGGAAAAAAUCGGAUCGAGUUAACCUUAACGUGCCACUCAAACGGCAACGUGAACCAAAGGACGAUGAUAGCGACACGGAAAGCGAGUUUGCGACUGUGACCAAACUGUUAAUCACAGCUGCUGGAAAAGAACCGCACUUGAUGCGGGUGAGGGAAAAAAUCAAGAACGUAGUAGAAAAAGUUGCACCACCUUCAUCAAGUAUCUCUGCAUCGGGAAAAGUAGUUCUAGGUGGCGCAGGAACCGGGGGAAUAGAAUUCGUAGAAGCACCCAGAGGUACCGAAGCUUGGAAUAAAAUCUCCCUUUGUGUAGUGCCAAAUGAACAUGAUGGUGAAGUACCAGUAGAUACAUAUGAUCCGCAUUUACUAGCUAGCUUAGUGGGUGAGGUAUUCCUAGUCAAGGAGGCAGCAAUAGACUACCUACUGGCCAACUUCAAGCGAUGGCCGGGACCACAUGAUUCCAUAGGAUAUACAAGAUGGACUGAUGUUCUCACACGACAUGAAGCACGUUGUUGGGGAGACCUCUCUUUCGAUAGUCGACAGCACCUGGCACAAUCAAGACUAUUCUGUGACGAAGAUUUCUUCGUAUCAGGUAGCGGUGAAGGUGGCGACUCCGCGCUGUGCAGCUUGCUAGUAGAACUAGGAAACGGAAAAUUGGUAUCGGACCCAAGUGACGCAGAAUACGUGGUUAUUACGGACCGCAAGUCGGAAGAGGCAUUGGAGUUGAAGCGAAAAUUCGCCGAUAAUGAUGAAGAUUUGAUCUCGAAGACACAUGGAGCACGACAUUCAACGUUGGUAACGCCAAAGUUCAUAUAUGAUUGUAUUCUCACAUGGAGAUUACAGCGUCCGACAAAAUCACAGGGGCACAUGGCAUUUUGA